AUGUCGGAGACAACUAAAAGUCCAGAGAUCGACACAGCAAUCGCUACAAACCACGACUCAGAUGGAUCAAUCGACCUGAGAGCGGAACUGAUCAAUCUUUCUGAGAUUGAUGCCGUUCUCGCGAAGAAAAUGGCGUUGGUAAACGCUGCUAUUGAUGAGAUUGGCAUGACUCCAUUUCAAUGGAAACUGUUUUUCUUAAAUGGAUUUGGAUAUGCUGUGGAUUCUCUUCUGGUAGUUUGUCAAAAUAUCGCGCAGACUGCUGUGAAUCAGGAGUAUCGCAGCCCUAAUGAGAGACUACAAGGCAUUUCACUAGCAUCCCAGGUUGGAUUGCUCGUGGGUGCUGCUGUCUGGGGAUUUUCUGCCGAUGUGGUUGGCCGCAAGCUUGCAUUCAAUACCAGCCUGUUUAUCAGUGCUAUAUUUGUUUUGAUUGCUGGUGCAAUGCCCACUUACGUCUCCUUCUCUGCUAUGGUUGCUAUAUAUUCCGCCAGAGCCGGCGGCAAUUACAUCCUCGAUGCAACCAACUUUCUUGAGUUCCUUCCAGCACGCAAGACUUGGCUUGUUACUGCCUUGGCAGGAUGGUGGGCAGUCGGAUAUACGAUCACCGGCUUAUUCGCAUGGGGGUUCAUGAGCAACUACAGCUGCGAUCCAGAUGCUACAAUGGAAACAUGCCACCGUGCCCAGAACAUGGGGUGGAGGUAUCUCCAUUUCACAUCCGGUGCACUGGUCAUCGUAAUGAGCGUGAUUCGAGUCUUUGUUGUCCGGAUGGUGCAUACACCAAAGUGGCUCAUUAGCCAGAAUCGCGACGAAGAGGUGUAUCAGAUUCUUUUGGAGUUAUCUGAGAAAUACGAUCGACCUUUGAACCUUUCGCUCGAGCAGCUGAAAGCACAGGGACAAGUUAUCAACACGGAAAAAUCAGUUUGGUCCAAGGUUCGACUUGUCAGUCACUUCUCAGGUCUUUUCAGCACUCGCAAAAUGGGCUACUCCACUGUCAUGAUCAUCUUGAAUUGGCUGCUUAUUGGAACCGUCUCACCUCUAUACGGUUUAUUCUUGCCAUUCUACCUGAAACUCAAAGGAUCUGAGACUGGAGAUGACUCAAACUAUACUACCUGGAGAAACUACGCCAUCACGCAAGCUGCCGGACUUAUCGGCCCUCUAAUUGCCGGAUUUUUGGUGGAAAUGCGCUGGUUUGGCCGGAGAGGAACACUGGCCGUCGGUGCUGCCUUGACAACAGCGCUUCAGCUGGGCUACACGCAAGUUAAGACCCCAGCACAGAAUCUGGGAGUAUCAGCGGCUAUUGGAGCUGCUUCUAAUAUCUACUAUGCCACUAUUUAUGCUUAUACGCCCGAAAUUCUGCCUGCCGCUCACCGGGCGACUGGGUAUGCUGUUUGUGUGGUGAUGAAUCGGAUUGGCGGCAUUGUAGGCGUGCUGGUUGGCAGUUACGCAGAUGUUAAUACUGUUGCUCCGCUGUGGGUAUGUGCUGGGCUUUUUGGUGGACUGAUUAUUACGAGCCUAUUGCUACCCUUCGAGAGCCGCGGGAAGAGGACAGUGUAG